CCUCUCUUACUGCCUUGUGUUUGUGAGUUCCCAUUCCAGCCAGCCCAGCCUGUGCCUCACUCUCUUGAGUUUCUCCAGCAACGAUGCAAACCUCCCAGCAAACCACAUACUCCCUGCGCACCUCGUCCUCUGGCAAAGGCUCUGUCUACAGGGCCCCCACCAUCCAUGGUGGCGCUGGGGGGAACCGUGUCAGCAUCUCAUCCAGUGUGCGCAGUGGGCUGGGAGCGGGAAUGGGCCAAGUUUCAGGAGGAGGCUUCUCCAGCAGCGUCCAGGUGAGCGGCAGCGGGAGCAGCAUCACCGGCAAUGAGAAGUUUGCCAUGCAGAACCUCAACGACCGCUUGGCCAACUACCUGGAAACGGUCAGAAACCUGGAGCAGGCCAACCAGAAGCUGGAGAUUAAGAUCAAGGAGGCCUUAUCCAAGAGCGGACCGGACUUCAGAGACUACAGCAAGUACCAGGCCAUCCUGGAUGACCUGAGGAGGAAGGUGUUCGACGCCACCAUGGACAAUGCCCGCCUGGUCCUCAGCAUUGACAACGCUCGCCUGGCGGCCGACGACUUCAGAGUGAAAUUCGAGUCUGAGAUGGCUAUCCGCCAAUCCGUGGAGGCCGAUAUUGUUGGUCUGAGGAAGGUGAUUGAUGACACCAACAUGAGCCGCAUGAACCUUGAGAGCGAGAUCGAAACCCUAAAGGAGGAGCUGAUCCACCUGAAGAAGAACCACGACAACGAAGUUCUAUUGCUCCGUAACCAGAUCGCCCAGUCGGGAGUCCACGUAGACGUUGACGCUCCUAAAGGUCAAGACCUCGCUCAGAUCAUGGCAGAGAUAAGGGCUAAGUAUGAGAAGAUGGCACAGAAGAACCAAGAUGAACUCAAAGCAUGGCAUGAAUCUCAGAUGACAGAAGUGCAGACCCAGGUCACUGUGAACACAGAGGCCCUGAAGACUUCCCAGACAGAGUUGAAUGACCUACGCAGACACCUUCAAACCCUGGAGAUUGAGCUGGAGUCCCAGAGGAGUUUGAAAGCAUCCCUGGAAGGCACGCUGAGAGACACGGAGAUGCGUUACAACAUGGAGAUCGAGUCGCUCAACAGUAUCAUCCUGGGCCUGGAGGCCGAACUCACACAGCUUCGUAACAGCAUUCAGUUGCAGACCCAAGACUACGAAACCCUGCUCAACAUGAAGAUGAAGCUCGAGGCUGAGAUUGCCACUUACAGACGGCUGCUGGAUGGUGGCGAUUUCAAGCUCCAGGACGCUCUGGAAGAGCAGAAAUCGGUGAAGACCAAGGUCAUGACAGUGACACAGACCUUGGUGGAUGGCAAGGUGGUGUCCUCCAGCACAGAGACCAAGAACCUCUGAACGCCAGAUGCAGCCAUCAAAUAUUCACAGCAGCAAUAAUAACAAUAAACUCAAUUUGGCCAACGCUGAUCUUUUGUUCCAAUUGGCUCGUGGCACCUUAGUUAAACAGUAACUAACCUUUAGACUAAAACGACUUCAGUGACUAGCUUGACUCUUUUUUAGUAUAACCCCCGCCCACACACAGGCUGACUGAAUCGAAAACUGGACCAGGAGAAAACAAAAUCAUCUGUUAUUUAUUUCAUCGUAGACGUUCUGCAAUUUAUGUGUUUGUAUGCUGGCCUGCAGAUGUCGACUCACGCUACGAGGCCAGCUUAGGGAUGUUUGGAAACAAAGUAAUAUCAAAGGACCGUUUUUAGAACAAAUCAUCACUUUUGUGACACCCUCGGUUUGUAUUUCUGUCCGGUCGAGUCUGUCUGUCUGUCUGUCGUGCUGUGAGGUUUCAGACAUAUCAAUAAAGUUCAUUCCAGGGA